AUGACCAAGGACUCUCCUAACCCCUCUGGUGGCAGCCGCGCGACACCUAAGAAGCUGGCUAGUCCGGGCCCAACGGCGACGGUGCUGGAGGAGCAGAGGCGGGAGCUAGAGAAGCUGCGGGCUGAGCUGGAGGCGGAGCGAGCGCGCGGGCUAGAGGAGCGGCGACACUUCGCGGCCCAGGCGCGCCAGCUGCGGGAGGCAGCGGAACGGGAACGGCAGCAGCUGGUUGACCAUCUGCGCUCUAAGUGGGAGGCACAGCGCUAUCGGGAGCUGCAGCAGCUGCAGGAGAAGGUGCUGAGGGAGCGCGAGGCCGAGAUCCGGCAGCUGCUGCGUUGGAAGGAGGCGGAGAUGCGGCAGCUGCAGCAGCUGCUGCACCGCGAGCGCGACAGCGUUGUUCGCCAGGCACGGGAGCUGCAGCGUCAGCUGGCCGCGGAACUGGUGAACCGCGGCCACUGUGGCCGCGCGGGGGCGCCCCAAGUCGCCGCCGCACAGUGUCACUGUCGCCUGCAGGAAGUGCUGGCGCAACUUCGCUGGGAAACCGACGGUGAGCAGGCCUCACGCAUUCGCCAUCUGCAGGCGGCGCUCGACGCGGAGCGCCAACUCUUCCUCAAGUACGUCCUGGAGCACUUCCGCUGGCACCCUGUUUUGUUCGAUACCCCGGAUCCCCAGGCUGCGCAUUCUUCGGAAGAGCUGCACCUCGAGACCACUGGCGACUCUCGCCGUCCCCCAAAGUUCGCCUGUCGACUCGAAUCUCUCGACGGCCCGAGCGUCCACGUUCGCGUGCGCUCCCGCUCCCUCGACGUGGUGCCCACAGCGUGCUCCAACUGCCCUGACAGCCUGCUCCCCACGCGCGCUGGCUCCCUCGAUUCCUUGGCACCAGCUCGUUCCCGCUCGCUCGACAGCACCCCCAGUCGUCCCAAGGCCCCCGAAUCCGAAGAGCGGGCCUCCUCCUCUCCAGACACUUUUAUCCUGGGCUCCCCGAGUACCCCGCCGCCGCCUCUGCCACCAUCACCAACAUCACAGCACGAGGGACCUAGCGACCUGACAGGAGAACACUCCGGGAGCCAGCCCUGCGCGGCCCUAACCCUUUCGCCACGGAGUCGGGACUUCCGCGAGCUUGUGAAGCAGAACUCGGAGCUGUCCGAGGCAUUGCAGGUGCUGGCACGCCGCUGCUCUGGCCUGCUGGAAGAGAACAUGCAACUGCGGCGCUCAGGUUUCCCAGACAAGGCAGAGGAGAAGGUGAAGCGACUCAAGGUGAAGCACGCAGAGCUAACUGGCCUGGCUCGGCGCCUAGAGGACCGGGCCCGCAAGCUGCAAGAAACCAACCUGCGGGCUGUGAGCGCGCCUGUGCCUGGGGAGAGCCGCGUUGGCCUGGAGCUGUGCCAGGCCUUCGCACGCCAGCGCGCCCAGGACUUGUUGGAGCAGGCGAGCGCGCUGCUGGCCAAGGACAAGCAGAUAGAAGAGCUGCAGCAGAAGUGCCACUUGCUGCAGGGGCACAUCGCCUCGGGCCUCGGCAGCGCCCCGCACCCUACUGGGGGCGCGGUCAGCGCCCAGUGGCUCAAAGUCAGCGAGCUGGACCGGCUACAGCGCGAGUCCCAGCGGGAGGUGCUGCGCCUGCAGAGGCAGCUGACGCUGCAGCAGGCCACCAGCGGCGUCCAGGCGGAGGCGGGCGUCCAGAGCGCACCCUGCGACGAGGUGCAGUGCCAGGUGCAGGAGCUGGAGCGCGAGCUGGGUGCGCGGCUGCACGAGUGCCAAGAGCUGGGGGCGCAGGCGGCGGCGGCACGGCGGCGUGGCGAGGAGGCUGAGGCACAGCUGCAGACUGCGCUACGCAAGGGCGCCUGGCUGGCCAAGGAGAACGCGCGGCUGCAGGCCCAAGCUGACUGGAUGCGGAAGGUGGCAUCCGAGAAUAACGACGUGCGCGAGCAGCUGGGCCGCGCGUGCCAGGAGCGCGACUCCGCAGGCUUGCUGGUGGAGCAGCUGCUGCAGCAGGCGGCGCGCGGGCAAGACAGGCAGCAACAGCUGCAGCAUGACCUGAAGAAGGCAUUGCGUGAUCUCCAGGCUGCCCGGGAGGAGAUGAGGUUGCUGCAGUGUCGACCUGGUCACCAUCCCCAGGAAUCCCUGGAGACCUCCCAAACCCCAGAUUCCCAAGGCAGGAAUAGCAGAAGGAUCAAAUUCCAGCCAGGGCCUGAAGACCAAGCAUCUCCACAACCCAGCAGAGACAAACAGGAGAAGAAGGAAGCCUCUCUGCUAGAGCACCCAGUUGCUCUCAGAGAACCAAACAGUGUCCCCCAAGUGCCAGACAGAGUCCCAGACAGCCAACCUCUGGACUCCAGACCCCAAGCCAAGAAAACCAGCUCCCAAUCAAACUCCUUCUCUGAGGUGGAAUCCAUGUGGGCCACUGUGCCAUCUUGCCUUACUCUGGACAUGGACACAGCCAGUGAAGUAGAGGAUCUAGAUCCUGACAGUGUGUCCUCCACCCUGGAAGUGGAGGACUCAGAGGCCCCUGACACCCCCAAGCUCAAAAUCUUCCAGGUUCGAUAUAGCUACAACCCAUUUGAGGGACCCAAUGAGCACCCUGAGAGUGAGCUACCCCUCACAGCCGGGGAUUAUGUAUAUAUCUUUGGGGAUAUGGAUGAGGAUGGCUUCUAUGAAGGAGAGCUUGAGGACGGCCGGCGGGGCCUGGUGCCCUCCAACCUGGUGGAGCAGAUUCUAGACAGUGACAUCCUUGGCUGCCUCCCUCUGGAGUCCCCUGACCUUGACCCUACUCAGCUCCCAGCUGGAUGGGACAAAGCUUCAAGGGAAGACACUAGUCACAGCUUAUUGCCUGGGAAUGCUCAGGGAGCUGUGAACAGGGAGACAUGCCAGAUGGUGAGGGCAGCCUCCAAAACAGAAGUGGCAAUAGAGAUCUCAGAAGCCAAGACAGAAGAAGGUUGGCUGGGCUCAGUACAGAAUGUGGAGGAGCAGGGCUUCUCCAGACUCCUCCUAGGGGCCGAAGGGGUCCUUUGUGUGGCCCCCAAGGAACUACACCUGCAGAAUAUUGCUGCCACGUCGGCCGAGAUCACCUGGAUCUACAGCAGCAGCAGCUACCCACACGUGAUAUACCUCAAUGACCAGAAGCAUGCCCUGACCCCAGCAGGUGUGAGCAGCUACACCUUCCACAACCUGCAUCCCAGCACACGGUACCAGGUACGGGUGGAGGUGCAGCUGCCAUGGGACUCAAUGCAGGUGUGCUGGGAGACCAUGCCUUCCACUAUCAUCUUUGACACGCCCUUGGCAGGACCCCCUGACCCUCCACUGGAUGUGCUGGUAGAGCGUCACACCUCCCCAGGCCUCCUGGUGGUCAGCUGGCUCCCAGUGACUAUCGACUCAGCCGGGUCCUCUAAUGGAGUCCAGGUCACUGGCUAUGCUGUGUAUGCUGAUGGGUUCAAGGUUGCAGAGAUCAUGGAUGCCACUGCUGGGAGCACUCUGUUGGAAUUGUCCCAGCUCCAGCUGCCCCUCAUGUGCCAGAAAGUCUCAGUGAGAACCAUUUCGCUUUGUGGAGAGUCACUGGAUUCAGUGCCGGCUCAGAUCCCUUCCGAUUGUUUUAACUGUAACAGAUUGCCAGAGACCUCUCCACUUAGUUACACCUGUGGUGACAUGUCCCCCUGCAGAGACACCUUCCCUGUCUGCCCUCAGAGUCUGACACUGGCUCUACUGAGUGAAAAGGACAGUUCCCACAUCCCCAGAAGCUGUGGGGAGCCCCUGGCUGAGUUCCUAGAAGCAUUCCUUGAAAAACCCACAAAGAGGCGCUCCCCAGUGCCUAACCGGAGUUCAGAAGCAGAAUGUCCAAGUGCAGGGGCUGGCAGCCAAACCCAGGGGCCUGCAGAGGCCUGGGAAGUCCACAGAAAAGACCUACUAUUUCAGAAGAGUCCCCAGAACCACAAGCCCCCUCUGCCCAGUGGCCAGUCUCAGGGGGAAGAAGACCACUACCGGCACAUAGACACCAGCCAAAGCCCUGCUCCGGGAGUUGUCCAUCUGUCCUCCGAGGAUGGGCCCAGGAAAGAAGCAUGCCAGGAAAAGACUGCCCUUGAGAAGGUUCUUAGGCAAAAGCAAGAUUCCCAAGUGUUCACACCUCCCCAGAUGGGCACCAGCCACCACCAAUAUGUGUCUGACUUCCAUGACAUCUUGCAAGAGGAGGAGGCAUUGUGCUUCAGUCCAUGGGCCACAGAGAGGCAAGAGCAGAGAAGGGAGCUUAGGACCCAGAGUGGGCGAGGUCAGGCUCCAGGGGACAAGAGAGAGAGCCAGCUCCAUGAGCCCUGCUCUGCACUUUGUCCAGCUUCAUCCAGCAAGGUCAUUAAGAUGUCCAGUGGAGGCCCCCCAUUGCUGGAGGCAGGCAUGGACACUUCGGUCAGGGUCUUUGUGGCGCUCUUUGAUUAUGAGCCCCUGGUUAUGUCUGCCAACCCUGAGGCUGCAGAGGGGGAGCUGACCUUCCAGAAAGGGCAGUUGCUGAAAGUAUGGGGCUCUCAGGACCCCCAUGGCUUCUACCGUGGGGAAUGUGAUGGUCAAGUGGGCAACAUCCCUGGGCACCUGGUGGCUGAGGUGGAGGAGGGCAUGGAGAGGACUGAUAGGAGGUGGCAUUUGCCAGGGCAAGGGCACCUGCCCUCUGUGGCCCACCUAGAUAACUUUGGGGGGCUCACCAGCCCCCAUAACUCUUCCCCCCUGCCCCAAGCGAACCCCAGGAGGUCCCCACUGUGCACUCCAAUGACCAUGAUGGCAGCUCUGGACUAUGACCCAAAUGAUGGGCAAGCAGGGAGCCAGAUGAAGGGCAAGCUGUCACUGAAGGCUGGGGACCUGGUCACAGUCUAUGGGCCUGUAGAUGACAAGGGAUUCUAUUAUGGGGAGUCAGGCAGCCACAGAGGACUUGUCCCAGCCCACCUGCUGGAUCACAUGUCCCUCCAUGGAGAGUGA